UCUACUCGAGGUAUUACAACUCUUCUUCUCCGUUUAUGUAACGAUCAUUUAGCCUUACUUUGGAGAGAUGCACUGCAAACUUAGUUAUGCUUAGUUUUUACAGCAUAUUUCAAAUGUCGUCCUGCAUGUGCUGUUUUUGUCCCUGAGCAGGCAACAGUCUAUUACUAUUGACAAUUGAAUUGAAUCUGUUUUAGACUGGAAAGCUCUAAGGCUGACGUGCUCGUGCUGGACGUUGGUAAACGGAUGUAACUUUUGAUUGUCUUCUAAUAUACCACGUUCACACGUUCAUGUGUUUUGCACAUUUUCAACCACAUCCUGAUUUGUACCUACUGAGGUGGACUGUUUUUUGCAGCUGUAGUUAGCUGCAGACCUGAAACCUAAUUUGACCCGACAUGAUAUAAUCCCCAAAGUCAUUUUUGCUUUGGUCGACAAGGUCUCGACUGAUCACUUCAUCUCUCGUCGUCCUCUCAAGCGCUCAUCCGCUUGCGCGACAGCCAGAGCACAGAACGAACAUUAGAAUAAGUGAAUGUUACGGUGCAGUGUGGGUGGUGGCAAGCUGUUUACUGGACGAGGAGCGAGUAACAUCGCACAGAGAAACUCAAGCGCCGCGCCAGCAGCUAGACACUUCGUUUCGUUUACCCUGUACGGGACCCAGAGGAGAACAGCUGCGCCGUCUUUACGCACAACCAGAAGAGCUUUCUGAGAGACGGCUGUGUGUCACCACCAUGUCCGCGGCAACAGCAUCAAUAUCAGAUGUAUCCAGGACUGAUACCGCAAACAAAAAUGACCGAAAUAAGUCAGGUAAGAGAAAUGGCAUAGAAAAACCAGAUGCUAUUUGAUUUAGACGAAGCCAGCGUGCAGGAUCCUCGAGAGAUCGAAAUGUCACUUGUGCACUGACGCCAGUUUUAUUCUGUUAACUUGCGUGCUUCUUGUUCAGGUGAUGUGCGCGUCCAUGCAUGUGUGUUGUACAAUAGCUCUGUCUUACAGUGUUUGCUGUAACAACAAUUGCACUGUAAGGAUUAGUAGCUUAGGGUCCUAUGUAAUAUAAAGACCUGAUAGAUUGUGUGAACUAGACAUCGCAGUAAUAAAAUGAAACUUAAAAAAAGGGUGGAUUGGUGUCCGAUUAACGGUUAGUUGAUAUAAUUGUCAGGUGUUAUGAAGAAAGACAGAAAGAGGAAACGAAAAGGGGUGGAUUUGACGUCAAGCAGCCGGACAUUUCACUCAUACAUACAAGUUACAUAAAAUUAUUCUUCUGUGCACCGAAGUGUGUCUUUGUGGUGGGAUCUGAGUUACUAAUGGUCUCCGUGUUACAAUUUUAUCUUGUUUAUGGUUUACUAUUAUCUCUUCUUCUUUUAUUUGUCUACCAGCGACUUUUGAUAUAGUUUGGUUCACUUUAUGGUCUGCCACAUGUCUUUCUUCAAAGUGCACAACUCCUCCUUGGAUAUUUUCCUCCAACUUAACCCUUGUGUUGUCCUGGGGUCAAAAAUGACCCCAGGAUGUAACAGGUGUAUGGAAAUCCCGAAAAAGUAACCUCCACUAAAUCAGUCCCUGUAACCUGUCUGUUUUAUUUAAGUGAAAACCAAAAGCAGAUAUCUCAGAGUAAAGAAAAAAAAAAAUCAAAAAUCUGGUUUUGAUUUUCCCUAAACCAAAUACAUCAUACUUCUAAGUUGUGCUGGAAACCACCGACUUCAUGUCAUUGUGUUUAUGUGCAUUCCAACUACUUGUUUUACAGUGAAGUCAUGCUCUUGUAGACUGAGACUUGUAGACAUGCAGGAACUGCUGGUGUACUGAGCUGUCACAGUGAAAGACCGUCCGUCCUGUAAUAUGCUGAGCUCCAUGCUGUUCAGUAUGAUAACCUUGUUUUUUUUUCUCUUAAUGUUGCUCCAGAUGGCCUGUGUUUUUCCACCAGUCUUGCAGGCCUUUUGUUUAAUGAUUUAUCACAUUUCCUUCUUUGAUACCGUUAGAAUUCAUCUCAGCACGGCACUCGGCUGUUACGGGGGGCUGUGUUUUGUCAUGCAGUGUUGCGCAGCCCUUUAGGGGUUCAGUGCUGAUAGCUAUGGAAUGACUGCCCCAUUCCACACUGACUCUUAUCCGCAGAGCCCCCCCACCCCCUUUUUGUUUGUUCAUACAGUUCACCUUGAAUUAUUGUUGUGCAAUCUAUGAAUUCCAAGUUGUCUUAUCGUUCCUAUGAAUACAAAUUUUCUUUUGAAGAUGCAUGAAUUAUACAUGUACCCAAAUUUUGGAUGAACUUUGUGUGAUUAAUGCAUAUUCACAGUAUCUCAAACAUCAUUAGCAGCAACAACUGUAGACAUUGCUGCAAAUUUUCCACACCAGCUGACCUCCAGCUUUCUGCUUUAGGUAAUUCCAAAGCUCAGUGCACACCCAUGCCUCAGCCAACAUUGGGCAACCACCAGAUCAUCCAGGGAAAUGGCACUAAUGUGGGUACCGUCAUAUCACUACAGUGCCCGGGGAAGCACAAACUUGUAGGCAGUGAUAUGAUGUGUGUCAUGGGCCCCAACAGCACCUACUGGACAGGAGACUCCUAUUGUCAAGCUCUGUCGCCCAAUGAUUUUGGUUACCGCGUGGCUGUGGUGGCAUCCUUUGUGAGUUCAGGCAUAAUCCUCUUCAUGUCUGUGGCCUUCAUCACCUGCUGUUUGCUUGACUGCAUCAAGGAGGAAGAAAGGAAAAAGGAGGAGAAUGACUCAGAUCCGUGGCAAUGGGAGGAGCCAACCCCGAACCAGGAGAACAACAUGUCUCGAUAUAGUCAUAAGGGCCGCAACAACAACAACAACAACACCCAGGAGAAUCCGCUUUCUCCAUGGGACACUGCUGGCCCUACCCUGUGUGACAGCAUACGAUCUUGCAGAUGUCACCAGCAUUACGCCUAUUGUCCUGCCUGCACAAACUAUGGCCCCACACUUCCCCCUGCUGCUCUUCCUGGGCACGACUAUAACCAGCCUCUCUUACGCCAAAUGCCAGAACCUGACCCACCUCAGUAUCCCGGCCCUCCCCUGUCCUCCUGUCAAAGUACAAGCCCGGGCCUGGUCCAGAUCUCAGCAGGGGGAUCUGGUUUGGUGUGGCAGUAUGAAGGACAACAGAGCAGUUUAUCAGGAGCAAACCUAUUAACCGCAGAUGAGGCCCCUGGGAGGAAUAUAAACUCAAACAGGAAUAUAUACCCCAAAGAACUUUCCAUAAGGAUUAUAUCAGUGUGAGGACAGCACACAAAAAUCAUCAAUCAAGACUUUGUUUAAUAUCUAAAUCUGUUCAACAGUGUCAGCUGUAUAGACGUGGACUGCGGAAUGUAAUAACUAUAUCAGUAUGUUUUGGUGUAUCAGCAGUGGCGAGAUGGCUCUAAAGAGACAUUGAUCUGACAGACUAAUGUGCCUUUUUAUGCAAACUGUAAUGGCACACUGCCCCCUGUCUGUAAAGAGGAGCCAGUGCAUUUUCAGGACGCCAGUCUUGGAGAGAGCUGUUCUUCGGAUGUCAAGAGAGUUGAGCUUAAAAGGAAGUUCUGCUGCUUGAGGCUAACACUUAAGGGAUCUAUUGCGAUAUAAUUAACUUUGCUGUCAGCUGAGGAGAGUGUGGGAAUCUGGGAAAAGUUCACUCUUGACACGAGAAGAGAUGUUGUAAAAAACUGGCGUGUGUGUAAAUAAUAAUUUUGAGAAAUGUAAAUAAAUGACAGACGUAUAAUAAUAACAAUGA